GGGGUGGAGAGCCCCAAGAGCCCUGACUUUGCGCGGGCGUGGACGCAGGGGCCAGCUAGGGUGGCGCCGCCGGCGCCGGUGGUGCACGCGCCGAGAAGGCAUGGGUCGAAUUCCAGUUCGAGUUCGGGAUCGGGGUUGUCUUCGGAAGAGGAGGAAGAGCGUCGGGAACGGAGCGCGGCGCGAGCAACGGCGUGGGACAGAUGGGUCUGGGUCUGGGUCGCGGGGAAGCAGGUCGACACGGAGCGAACGCCAUCCGCCGAAGCACUUCCUCUUUUGCUUCCCGUGGAUCAAGUCCCGCCGGAUUCGGGCGCACAUCCUGCGUUCUUUCGUAUCGGGGCUGUUUCUCGCUCUGUCGCUGGCAGUGUGUAAGUGCCCGCUUCGGUCGGCUUCCACCCCGUUUGUGACCAUCCAGAGGCUAACCCCCUACGCAGACCUCGCUCUCACCUUGACCAAGAACAACCAAAUCAGCAAGGAGUUCACGAUACUGCUGGUGGUUCUCAUCCUCGCGGUUACCGUAUUCUUCUGCCACAGCCUCAUUCGCCUCUGCAUGCUCGUGGUCAAAGCGCGCAAGCGGGAGCAGGCGACGCAGCAAGGACGGCUCCCGGAGAUGGUUGGCCCCGGAGGCUACGCUAUUCCCCGCGAGCCCAUCCCCGUGGUGCUAGCCCGGGACGAAGAGGUUGCGGGCAUCGAAAGCGAAGCUACCAAGACCAAACCGCCCGCCUACGGCAUGUGGCGUGAGAGUGUGCGAGUUGAUCCGGAUCGCAUGUUCUGGGCGCGCAACCACAAUGCGGCAGUGGAAGAAGAGUCCGAUGUCAGCAGCGCGAGUGGGCCAGGGAACACGAUCAGCAGCAGCGGCCGCACGAACAUACCGCGUCCGCCGUCAUAUUCGUCGGAUGAUGGGGUCAGCUACGUGGUAGACGCACGACCAAGGUCAAUAGCGCCGAGGGGCCAUGCUCCCCACCCCGGGAGCUCGCAACCUUCCGAGAACGGGAGAUCGGAAGUAUCGUCAUCGUGGAUUUGAUGGCUUUGGGGUUGAGGCAUCGGGAAGGUCCUGUGGCCGCGGGAGCCGGUCCGGAAGUGAGCGGAUGUUGAUGAUGCCAACGGUCAUAUAUAGGCGUAGCAGGCGUACGCCAUAUGAAUGCGAUCAGGAGACAAC